AUGUCGGACGACGGUCAGGAGCUUGUUACCAAGCCCUUCAAGUUUGUUACUGGCACUGAUGCUCGUUUCCCCAACAUGAACCAGACCAAGCACUGCUGGCAAAACUACGUCGAUUACCACAAGUGCAUUAUCGCCAAGGGCGAGGACUUUGCGCCCUGCCGCCAGUUCUGGCUAUCUUACCGAUCCCUCUGCCCCUCCGGCUGGUACCAGCGUUGGGAUGAGCAGCGCGAGUCCGGCAACUUCCCCGUCAAGCUCGACGCUUAA